GGACGAAGCCGGCCAGGGAGGCGGGGUUCCGGCGCAGGCCGCACAGCAGCCGGUGUAGCGUUGGGGGCUUGGGGCAGCAGCCGGGUCAUGUCCCGCAGGCAGGCGGCCAAGGCGCGGCCCGGCGGCGGGGGCAAGAAGGCGGAGAUGGAGCGGAAGCGGGACGAGCGGGCGGCCCGCCGGGCGCUGGCCAAGGAGCGCAGGAACCGGCCCCCCCCGGAGGGCGGCGGCGCCGCGGCCCAGGAGUUCGUUAGCUUCGGCAACCAGCUGCAGGCGCUGGGCCUCAAGCUGCGCGAGGUGCCGGGCGACGGCAACUGUUUGUUCCGGGCCCUUGGUGACCAGCUUGAGGGGCACUCCAGAAACCACCUCAAAUACCGCCAGGAAACAGUGGAUUACAUGAUAAAGCAGAGGGAAGAUUUUGAACCUUUUGUGGAGGAUGAUGUUCCCUUUGAGAGACAUGUUGCCAAUUUGGCGAAGCCUGGUACAUUUGCUGGCAAUGAUGCUAUUGUGGCAUUUGCAAGGAACAAUCAAAUGAAUGUGGUUAUUCAUCAGCUCAAUGCCCCUCUGUGGCAGAUUCGAGGCACGGAUAAAAGCAACGCAAGGGAACUGCACAUCGCCUAUCGGUAUGGAGAGCACUAUGAUAGCGUGCGGAGAAUAAAUGACAACUCUGAAGCCCCCGCACAUCUUCAAACAGAGAUGCUGUGUAAAAAUGAAUCUAAUAAGAGGGAGAAAAUCAGGCCACAGAAGGCCGAAUCUGAAGAGGAGUUAGAGGAUGAAGUGGAAGAUGCUGUACAAAAAGUCUGUAAUGCAACUGGGUGUUCGGAUGUUGAUUUAAUCGUCCAGAUUCUGGAAGUGAAGAACUACGAUAUUGACUCUGCAAUAUUUGGCAUUCUCCAAGUGAAUGAAGUGAAAAGAAUCUAUUCUGAAGAGGAAUGUGAGACCCAGGCCAAAGGUCAGAAGUCACAGAGCUCAGCCUUGUGGAAGGAGAAUGGAAGUGGCACCAGAAUAUUUGGAAAUCAGGGGUUGCAUCAGGAUGGAACAAAAAACAACGAGACACAGGCUAGUCCAGAUGAAGAGAAUCAAACCAACAAAAAACAUUUCCCAAAGGUAUCCAAUAAACAAAGGAAGGAGCAGCAGCGGCUAGAGAAGAAGAGGAGGCAGGAAGAAAGGCACCGGCAGAAAGUCCUGGCCAACAGGAGUAACAAUGCAGACAACAACAGGAGUGAGACGGACUCGGAUACGCAAGUCACCCUGGUGAAGACCCUUGCAGCUCUGAACAUAUGACUGAUAGUAUUGUGGGUUCUUUGAUGGAAUAUGUGAAUGGCAAAUAAGACUGAUAGGAAGGGCACUGAGCUUUCAGACAAAGCCAUCUUCAAAGCAGAUUCCCCAACACCCCUCUAUUUUUAAACAAUGUCUCCGUGGGGUUCUCUUUGGUUCUCCAGCUGUGGGAAGCACAACUCUUCAGUAACACUAAAGAGCAUCAGCCAAGCUUGUGAGAGCUGGGCAAUCAAGGUUAAGCAAAGUGAAAAUGCCGACACUUGUUUUUACUAUUCCUGAAACAGAGUCUAUUCAACCUUGAUCCAUCACCCAACACACCUUGUGUGAAUUUUGCUUGGAGAUCUCACAAUAUUCCUUAAGUUAACUCUGACUACAUUUUACAAAGCUCAAGCAUGGAAGAGCUGUUAUUUUAAAUUACUGUGCAGGAACAUUUUAACUGCUCCCAACUCAGGAACUUUUCUUUCUCUAUUUAAAAUAGAUUAGGACAAAAUUCCCAAAUCCCUUUCAAAGCUAAAUCAGCCAAAUGCUAUACCAGACAUGUUAGAUUUCUUUCCCUCUCCAUUUGUAACUUGAUAGCAAGUUAUAGUCCAGAUAGAGCUGCUCUUGCUUUUUUUGCACUAAGCCAGAUGCUAAAUGCUGCUAACUAUUAGAGGAGAUGGGAAAAUGCAGGGAGAUGGGGAUGGUUGGGUCUAUGCUUGUGUUUUUUGCACAGAGAGGGUGAACUCUUAAGUCUGGAGAUGCUCUGAUCUGCUGGCAACUGAGUUCCCCUUCUGACAAUGCUGCUCCAAUAAUAGCAGGGGGAUGCCAAUGUAUUCCCUACAUUGCUGAGUGGAUUCACCCAAUCUGGUGAGGUUUAAGAAGAUAAUCUUUUACCAUAAGCAGGUGUAAGAUUGCUAUUGUAUAGUAACAAAGAUGUGCUGGUGUUUGGACCAUCCUCGACCUUGCUCCUGAGCAUUCAGCACUAGAGUCCAAAAUAGGGCCAAACUCCAUAGUUCUUAAUUUGAUGGGUUGGAGCAUUGGACAUCACUUAAGUGUUUGGACCUGCAUCAAGAGUUAAGUUUAAAAAGUGAAGGAUGGGGGGGGAAGCCCUUUACUCAGAAUAAAGUCUAAGCAGAAUGUUUGACUGAGAUGAGCUUUGAAAAGUGAUCCUAGAUGUCUUAAUCAUCGUACAUUGGUACUAGAACAUGUAUAGACGUGAAAGAUACACAUGUCCUUUUAGCUUAAUUGCCAAAUCUCUUAAGUGGUUCUUGGUUUCCUCUUACUGUAUAUUAGUAACAUUUGAAGCACUAGAAGAAAUGGUGCUCUAUUUGGCAUGCCAGCAAUAUUAAAGGUUGCAGUAGAAAAGUAAAACUGUGAACUCUGACCUUAGAGUUUAAAAAGCCACUUGGUGGUAGUAAAUAUAAUGAAAAGUAGCCCUUCUGCUUAGAGAGAUGUGAUGCUGCAUCUAACCGGUCAGGAGGUACAUUACUGGCAGAUCAGUCCAAGUUUUGGAAGUCAUUGUUCCAACUAGGCUACAGACUCCAGAAGUGAUUACUAACACCUAGCAACUUUGCACUUUGCUGCUCUGAUUGCUAGUGAGGUGGGGGCCCGGGGGGGAGCUAAAAAGUGAAUCUGACAAAGGGCAUGUCACUUAACCAGCAGCAAAUAAAAGGUAUUUACAGCAGUGGGGAAAAUGCUUUAGCAACCCCCAUAGCAAGGUUGUAUCUACAGGUCACUAAGAGGUUGCCUCCUUGCUUAGCCCCACUAUGUUUUGAUAUAGGGAGGAGAGCCUGCUUCUGUAAGUGACUAGACAAAUGUCUGAGCUGAAGUGACAAUGCUGGUUCGUCAGCUGUAUAACUAGGAUUUGGAUUCUUGAUAUUCUUUGUGAAUCAUGUAGCUUUUUCUUGAGUCAGAGCUGAUUAGAGGAUUGUUUGUCCAUCCGAUUCUGGAUGAGGAGUAGGGAGGAAGUUGUUCGGAAAGAAAAUAUAGCUUCUACCAUAAGCACAGACGCUUCCUCCAUCAUUGACCCUGCAAUUCCAACCUUGUUCUUGAAGAGAUUCACUGGGCUGGCUUUUUCAUGCAGUGCUAUCAGAUCUUUAGUGGGAGGGGAAGAGUGAUCAUACAUUCAGAUACUUAACUAUGGUACCUGAAACGGAAUAUGCAAUAGAAAAUGCUUUCAUUUGUAAGUGUAAAUGAAUUAAACAAGCUGCACUGGGCUGAUUGUCUUGUUAAAGCACUCAACUUCACUCCAGCAAGCUCUGCCAAGAAAUCCAGCCUGUAGUAGUUGAGGGUCCCAAACUCUCCUGCCCUCUGUGGUACAGACUCUCUGGUCUGGCUGAUGGAAAUUCUCCUCCCUUUAAAAUCUAGAACAUCUCUGACAGAGGGAGUUCCCUGUACUUUGUUCCUCCAGGAACUUCCUUUUGUGCCUGUUGGCUAAAUGAGAUUUGGCAGUUGUCCUCUAGGUGGCAGGCUGUGAAUAGCCUUUACAGGGAGAAGAUCAUCAGGAAAAUGAGCAGAGAAUGAGUCCAAUUCAUUCCCUUACAGCUUUUAUUGUCGAGCUCUUUGGUAUGGAGCUAACUGUGCUACAUGGCAUUGGGUGUCUUUGCAGUGGGGUGAUGAGCUCAGCAAUUUUUUCCCUUGCCAUUUUACAUUAGGGUCAGUUCCCACCCAUGUAGCAGACACCAUCUCCAUCCCAAGAAGCCUGCUGCUUGAGAAUCCUCUGGUUUUAUCAAGGUGGCUACUUAGUACAAAACUCAUUGGGCUUAAUGCUAGAAUGGGACUUAAAUAGCUCAGGAUAGGCAGUGGUAUAUGGAGACUUCAAACUCUAGAUCUCUCUGGAUGCAGAUACAGCUUUACCAAUGGUAGUUUAGUGGCUUAGGUGAAAUGAAUACGUUUGAGUCCUGCUAGAAAGGUACUAUCAUCAUGGGCACUUUGAGGCCUGAGACUGAAUGAAUAUUGAUUCCUUUGAAGUCUGAGAGGUGCUCCUUCAAGAGAAGUUUAGCAAACAUUGUCAGAAGCUUUUACUGCCGCUGCUCCUUGUGAUAUACCUAUUUGGAUAGAGGGUUAGCUCAGCAGGUGGAAACUUGCAUAACUCCACUGACUUUAAUGGAGUUAAAUUGGUAAUGUAAACCAAGCCUAUGUCUGUAAAACUGUUGCUAGUUAUACUGACCUAACCCCCACUGUAGACCAUGCUAUGGGCUUCUCCCAUCAACAUAGCUACUGCCUCUUGGGGAGGUGGAGUACCUAUACCAAUGGGGAAACUCUCCUAUCUUCAUUAUGCACUACAGCACUAAGUGUAGACAAGCAAUUAUUGCCAAACUAUGCAGGUUGAGCAUGUGGUCAAUUGUUCUUUAAUGCUAUCAGUCCAAUACCUUCCGCCAGUAAACGUAAAGAGAAAAUACCCCCAUAGCAGUUAAAUGGCAUUGAAAGUAAAACACUUGGCUGGAGGUUGCACAUGGUAACAAAAGCAGGCUUGGGUCUGAGUAAGUGGCAGGGAGGCUUCCCCUAUCUUUAACUGUGCACUAAUUCUAGUUCCUUUCUGGUGAUACCUUAACCCUCCCUGGAGGGCAUUCAAUCCAUCUGUUGACUUACCAGUGGUCUUACCUCAUCUGCAGUGCCUGACUAUUAGAAGAGUCACAUGACCUGUAGCAUUUGCAUCCAUAGUAAUGCUCCAGAUGUCCCUAAUUUCCCUUGGAUUCUGUUGAAACUGAGUAGGGAUCUUCUCUUCUCUCCCUUCCUACUUCAGAGUGCUCUGUGGGGCUCCUGCCCCGUCAAACCAAAUGUCUGUCUCUUUUAAUUUAAUACUUGGUGCAAUAGAAGCUGCAAAGACGUGCCAUGAACUAGGAGAAUGGAUUUUUGUAUAUUGCUCGUACAGAUUAAAGGCAACAUUUUCAGAUUACUAAAAACUGGCUUACUUCAUUUUGUUGAGUAAGAAUGUACUAGCCAACACACCCAAGCAAUCUGGUUCUUAUCUGGUCCCCAUUACUGUAGUGUGGGAGUGUUUCAGUGUUCAAUGUAUUUAUCCUCAACACCCAGUGUGGUAGGGCAAUGGAAUCUCCAUUUUAUAGAGGAGGAACAGCGGCUCAGACAUGCUAAGUGACCAGCCCAAUGUGAGGCAAGCAUGAACUGUGCAGCAUCAACUCUAUUCAGAGCUGGUUAGCUCCAUUUUGCCACCCCUUUACACAAUGGUAUUGUGCUGUGAAGAGGGCCAAAUUAACAACCCUUCAGCAGAAAAGCUAAAGCAGGGCACUGAUUGCGUACACUUUCCCAUAUGACUUAGUUCUAGGGUUACCACCUUUGUGGCUUAAACUACCCACUAAAAUCUAGGUGGUUUGAAAAUUCUAAGCAUUUCUAGGUGCUAACCUUAAACCAAGUUACUCUUACACUGUAGAUCCAGGAAAUUAUCUGUGGUAAACAUCCAUGAUCUUCCUACAUCCGCAGCAGACCUGCUCAAAGACUACCACUAACGAUCAUGGUUUACAAGCCAAUCCAUGAGUUACGUUACUUCAUUCAGUGAAGACACCACUAACCAAUUACCAGUGAUUGUAGGCAGGCCUGCCUUAAGACAGCUAGCUGAAGCUCAAAAUGACUCUUCCCUGAUGUUAAUAAUUUUGAAGGUGCAUAAGAAGCAGGGAAGUGCACCAGGCAAGACCCAGCUCCUCUGAGCAGUAGUGAGAUUGAUGGACCCUGAGUUAUCCCCAAUUUCCAAGAUGAUGUGUAUGGGGAAGUGGUUUAUGCCUUGUAGAUGAGUCCCAGCUGCUAAAAGCAUUGUCACCUUGAAAUCUGGGCAUAGAAUAUCAGGGUUGGAAGGGACCUCAGGAGGUUAUCUAGUCCAACCCCCUGCUCAAAGCAGGACCAAUCCCCAAUUAAAUCAUCCCAGCCAGGGCUUUGUCAAGCCUGACCUUAAAAACUUCUAAGGAAGAUUCUACCACCUCCCUAGGUAAUGCAUUCCAGUGUUUCACCACCCUCCUAGUGAAGAAGUUUUUCCUAAUAUCCAACCUAAACCUCCCCCACUGCAACUUGAGACCAUUACUCCUUGUCCUGUCCUCUUCUACCACUGAGAAUAGUCUAGAACCAUCCUCUCUGGAACCACCUCUCAGGUAGUUGAAAGCAGCUAUCAAAUCCCCUCUCAUUCUUCUCUUCUGCAGACUAAACAAUCCCAGUUCCCUCAGCCUCUCCUCAUAAGUCAUGUGUUCCAGACCCCUAAUCAUUUUUGUUGCCCUUCGCUGGACACUCUCCAAUUUAUCCACAUCCUUCUUGUAGUGUGGGGCCCAAAACUGGACACAGUACUCCAGAUGAGGCCUCACCAAUGUCGAAUAGAGGGGAACGAUCACGUCCCUCGAUCUGCUCGCUAUGCCCCUACUUAUACAUCCCAAAAUGCCAUUGGCCUUCUUGGCAACAAGGGCACACUGCUGACUCAUACCCAGCUUCUCGUCCACUGUCACCCCUAGGUCCUUUUCCGCAGAACUGCUGCCUAGCCAUUCGGUCCCUAGUCUGUAGCUGUGCAUUGGAUUCUUCCGUCCUAAGUGCAGGACCCUGCACUUAUCCUUAUUGAACCUCAUCCGAUUCAAAGGAGUUUAAUAGAGUGUGCUUGACCUGAUUUCUGUAGUACUCUGGUGGGUUUUUUUAAAUUGUGAGCCUUUUUAAAAUGUGUUUUGUCUGUUGCUGUGCCAAAACCUACAACCAGGUGAAGCUGCCUGGAUACAAAGCACUGCCAAACACACAGGGAAAUGAUAAACCACCUCUUUCUAAUCUGUCUUUUCAACUCAUUUGUUACUAUAAGCAGCUAAAAACUUUCCCUUGGUGGAGGUAAGGGGACUCCAGUAUAUACUUAGCUGCAGCAUGUGUGUAAUCCCAUCUCUCUUAAGUACUCUGCUGAAUCUGGGCCAUAAAUCCAGCUUGUUUGACUUGCUUUCAUUUAUCCGUUCAUUUAUCCUCUCUUGUUUUGCUGUGCUGGUGCCUAAACUAAAAGAACUGGAGCCUUCCAUCACGUAUGCAACACUAGAAGGCAGUUCAGGAUGAAUCUGCUCUAGCAAUUGAGCCAUCUAAUCUUUCUCCGUGACAAUUGUUUGCAAUUCCCAUUAAGAUGAAAUUUAAGUACUCACUAUAAUGGGAGGAGCCCCUGUCCCUAAAUUACAAGGGAAAGCGAAAGCCCUUCAGUGGCUCUAGAAGAGUCUGGAGUGUUCAUUAGAAGGAGAAGUGAACAAAUGGUUUAAGGGUAAGUCAACAUGUUCAAUUGAAGGGUAAGUUUGAGGGGAAGGUCGGUAGGAGAUAUAUUAGUAGGUGGGAGGGUCUCUUUAUGCUAACUAGAGGGGAGAGAGGACUGUACUUGCUUGGCUGGUGCACUUGCAGCUUCAUGUUUAUUUAAGUCCUCAGCAUGGAUAUUGGCAAAGUCUGGUCUGCUCUGUACGACUGUGGCCAGGCUUAACAACAUUAUUAGCCUCUAGUGCACACGGCUCCUCCACUCACCUUUACUGUAACCACCCCAAAUGCACCUCCGUACCACUUGUUAGCCUUCCUGUGCACAACUCGGAGCAUGUGGCCCUAGCCUAUGUUCUCUUACUGAUGCAGUGCUGGUGUAGAGGAGAGGUGCUUGCAAAGGCCGUGUGUGUCCUCCUGGUGCCACCCCUCGUUGGGCCUGAUCGCUGCUGGUGCCAGAAUGCUGUCAAGCUGCCCACAGCACAGAAUCAGGUAGGCCUACAAUCAGCUAGGCUUGUUCCCAGCCCCCCAACCAGUGGUAAAGAACACAGCAAUCAUGCAAGAUACAACCCUGUGGAAACAGCAGAUUGGAAUAAGUGUUCAGAGCGGGGAUCUGCCUGGGAAGGGCCCAGAGGGAUGUUAUCCUGCUAGGCAACACCAGAGGAGCCGUAAGAUUAGGCACAAAACAAGAAUAGAACUAUCAGCAAUAAUAUUAACUACCUCUGCCCCCCAUACACACCUGAUAGAACAACUUCUCAAACUCAGCUGCAAUUAUUUAAUAUGACUAGGAGAAGGGCAGUAAGUACAAGCCACUCCCUUCCAUAAGGCCCUUUCCCCUUGACCUCAGGGCAGUCGCUUCCUACCAGGUCUAUUGAGCAGCUUCCUUUCGGCAGUCUGAUCUGCCCCUUGCCGUCUGUAGGGGUGGAGUAACCACGCUGCCACAGUUCUUAUCUCCUGUUCAGAUUUUAACAUGUUCUGGAUCUCGGAACGGUUCAGUAAUACAAAUAGCUCCUUGCUACUGCACUUGGCGGAUCAAAGGAAUCCCGCACAGCUACAGACAAGCUGCCACGUCCAAAUCCCUUUGAAGCAUCACUCCUUUCCUGGAGUGGGUUCUACGCCAGCCACACUUACUGCUUCUACUCAGCUGGAUGCUCCAGAUCUGGCUCCAGAUCUCCCACCCAGCUGCAGCAUGGUCCCUGCAGUUCAGCAUGAUACACUCAGCGCGGAGAUUGCAUCAGGGGAACUCAUGAGGCAAAAAAUGGUGACCAUAUUCAGCAGGGAUAGUAUGCCAAUGUUUGGAGGCCUGGGUACAAGACCCCUGUAGCUGCUAUUUGUAUUACAAUAGUGGCUGGAUGUCCUACUGAGAUCAGGGUCCUAUUGUACAGCUCCUAACACAAACAUAGUGAGAGAUCAUUCCUGUUCAGAAGAGCUCGCAGUCUGAACAGACAAGGCAAAGAAUAGGUGGGAGGGGAAAUGGAGGCCCCAGAUCAUCCCAGGUUAUUUAGGUUCUCAACUUCAGUGGAAGUUAGGAACCUAAAUACCUGUGAGCAUUGGGGCAGGAGAGCUGGAAUGAUUUGGCAGCAGAUCCAGGUACAGAACUCAGAUCUCUUUACACCCCAGUUCAGCACCCUACCAACUGGACCGCACUGUCUCUGGUCUUGGAACCUAUCCGGAUGUCUAGUCUGAUUCACAAUCACUGGGAAUUCAGAUUUCAUGUUUGCUCCAAUUUAACUAAUAUUUAAGCAUGAACCUUGUGUCGUCAUCUACACCAGUGCAAAGUAGGUAUAAAAUGCAACCAAAUGGAAUUAGAGGGUUUUAAUGCCCACUUCACGCUGGUGUAAAUGACAUGAAGACAUGCAGGGCAAUGGAGAAUCCAGUCCCAUACGUCUUUUCACCUCUCUUCAUAAGACAGUCCCUCCAACCCCUUCAUGACUCUUAAUUCCCUUCAGUCUUUCUAUGUCUCUAGGUGCUCAGAAGUGAAUGCAGUUUUCUAGGCGGUAUUUAAUCAGGGUCAUUCAGAGAGGGCUCCUCACUGGUACAAUACUAAUCAUGAGAAUCCAAGAAAACAAAAAACAAAAACUCUUUCCUUGCAAGAAUGCAUCCCUUGGUGGUAUUGUUUGGCAAGGAAGCGUACUCUACUCAAGACAAGAAAGAAUGGAAGUUAUCCACUUAAGUGGAUGUCACUCCCUGAUUCUAAAUGUUUGAUAGUAUCUUAAUGCUUACUUGGGGUCAGAGAGAGCUUACGCUUUUGAUGACAGAUUUCCAGCGUCCACUAGAACCUCACUACUCCCUGCUGCACUCCUUACACAGCUUGUAAUUCACCUUCCCAAAACAGUGGUCUCUCCUUGCCUCUCAAAGAUUCAACAGCAGCGUGUUGCUAUUGAAUCUCAUUCCCCACUACAUUUCUAACACACUAACUCUGCUGCGUUCAGGUACCGAGGCCUAGAUCCUCAAAGGUAUGAGGCUCCCAACUUUCACUGAAAUGAAUUGAAGUAAGGAGCUUAAAUAUCUUUGAAGAUCUGGGCCCAUGUUACUAAGACCUUGUUGUUUCAGUACGUACCACGUUACGUUCACCAGUACGUUAUGAAGUAUCAGUGAGACUACUUGUGUGCAAAGUUACUGACAUGUGCAUGUAUUUGCAGGACUGGGCCUUCAAUCAACAAUAAUAUUGCCAUGAAACUCAACAAAAAAAAGCCCGGUUUAGGGAUUUGAACAUACCCCUAACAUGCAGUGUUAGGAUUCCAAAUGUUAUAGCAAUUGUACUAAGGCAGGAAGAUCUGAAAGUGGCAUUGAUUCAGUUUUGCUGUCUGUCCUGAGUAAAAUGUACAAAAGUCACACACAACUUAAAGGGGUGAGAAUUAAUCUGCAUGACACCCGCCCUGGGUCAGCCCCCCCAAAAGAAAGGAGUACAGUAUAAAACCCUAGAUAGAGUUACCCAAAUGAAUGUGACUGUUCCCCAUUAUGAAUUCAGUGAUUUUACUGCAAAGCUCCCCAUGCUUAAGAAACCGCAGAGGUGAUUUCUCAAGUGUCUCAUUCAUCCAUCCAUGCUCCUGCUCUUACAAGCUUUGUUAGCUGCAGCAUGAACUGUAACAUACCCCUUGCUAAUAAAAAUGUUUGUAAUUCA